UCACGGUUGGCUGCACUAUUGACCGGGGAGGACAGAAGCGGUUCUAGUUUUACCUUCUGCAAAACAACCCACAUUGUUCGGCGCUUCUAGCAUCGUCUUUGUAUAUUUUUCCUCAGAUAUGGCGAGGUAGGUGUUUCCAGAAACCUGUUAAGAAUGUGAGAAGAGGAUAUCCAGGAGCGAACAUGGUUGUCAGACGACUUUAAAGCGGCGAGUUUACGUCAGGAGGAAGCUGAGAUGUUGUUUGAUGACCUUUAGCUUCCCAGUCAUCACCAUGGCAACCAGGGACAUCCAACGACAACAGCACCUGAAGGUGUUCUACCGGCGAGCGCAGGAGCUGCUGCUGGACGAUGACAGGGAUUACCUGCACAGUGUGCUCAAGGAGUACCAGCAGUACAAGGCUGUGGACAGACUUGUCUCCCAGCUGUGCCAUGUGCUGGACACACCACAGAAACUGGACCUGCUGAAGGAGAUACGCAAACUCAUUCCGCCACAACACCUCCCGCACUUCGACAGACUGGCGCCGUAUCACAAGAUGGCGCAUCCCAUCCGUCCAGCCAGCCAGCACGUCAAACGGGCAGGAGCGGUGCCCAAUAAUGCCAUGGUUAAUGGCCAUGCAGACACCAAUGGCAAGCAUCCUACCUUAGAUGAAAAGAAGUCUGAGUUGAAACAUCCAGGCACUAAUGGACUGAACACCUCAGACAGCGGUGGGGGCUUUCAUGUGUUCACCAUCAACAAGGGAGACGAAGGUCUGGGGUUCAGCAUCCGAGGUGGGUCGGAGCAUGGGCUGGGGGUGUACAUCAGCAAGAUGGAUUCAGGAGGGGUAGCAGAGCGUGUUGGCCUGGAAGUGGGUGACCAGAUUCUGGAGGUCAACAACGUCAGCUUUGAGAACAUUGCCAUCAGCAGUGCCGUGAAGGUCCUGUCUGGCAGCAACCGGCUCAAACUGGUCAUCAGGCGCUGCGGCAAGAUACCUGGCUUUAAGUUCUCACGUGAGAGAACGUCAUGGUACGAUACAAUAAAACGUAAAAUCGUAGAGGGCAGUGAGGAUACAGCACGGCCAACAACACGGAGCAAUAUGAGGCUGCUCGCUGAUGGGGAUGAGAAAAAGGUCAACUUCAAGGUCAAACAGGGCAUGAUUGGGUUCAACAUCCGUGGCGGCAGCGAGUACGGGGUCGGCAUCUAUGUGUCACGGGUGGAUGUUGGCAGCCUGGCAGAACAUAACAGCAUCAAGGAAGGUGAUCAGAUACUGGACGUUAACGGGACCAGCUUCGAGAACAUCACACACACCGAGGCUGUGGAGUUCCUACGGCACCAGAACCACGUCACCAUGACCAUCAAGGAUGUGGGGAAGUAUCCAGCCUACAAGGAGAUGUUGGCAGAGUACAGCUGGGUGGCCGGCCAGGCUGGCAGGAAGGUCAUGAGGAAGGGACAGAGAAACAGACCCAGUAUUUCACCCCCAGGGCCCCUAAAGGCCACACGGCCAGUCUCCUACCAUUUUGAGGAGUCCAACCAACAAACGUCUCCUCGUGUGGAAACCUUCACACAAACUGUCCAAGACGAUAUUUCUGUGGGGACGAACUCUUCUCGUUCAGUAGAAGUUCAGACAGAGACACCCAUGUGGAAACGGUCAAGGUCGACUUCCCCUCCCGGUAGGGACCGCUCAUUAUCACCGGGAAGGGAGAAGUCGCGACAGGCCCUGGUGGAACUGAGUCAACCCUCGCGGCCUGUGAGAAGGACACAGAGUCUCACCCUGCCUACAGACAAACCAGCGAAAAGUAAAAAGGACAAGGAUGCAACUGCUACAGUGGGGAGGUCCCGCACUUUUAAAGACUUCCUCUUUAGAAAGGAAAAAGACAAAAGCAAGAAGAAAGAUUCCAAAGGAAAGGGAGACUCCAGAGGAAAAGGUGAUUCCAGAGGGAAGGGAGAUUCCAGAGGGAAAGGAGACUCCAGAGAAAAGGGUGAUUCCAGAGGAAAAAGAGAGUCGAAAGGGAAAGGAGAUUCUAAAGGGAAAGAUUCCGUAGGUAAAAAAGACUCCAAAGGCAAGAGUGACUCAAAGAUGAAGCAGUUUAUGGGUUCCUUGGGGAGGAGUGCCAAGAAGAUCAGGUCACGACCUUCAGGUUUACUGUCCAAGAACAAGUCCAGCGGCAGUGAGGAUGAGCUGGAGAAGGGAAGGUCAUCCGGCAGGUCCUCAAGGUCAAGUGACAGCGAGAGUAAAGGCAGGAAAAGUAGCAAUUCUGAAGCCUCUGGUGAUUCUGAUGACUGCAGUACUAGCAGUGCAGGAUCCCAGGACUCCCUAGGCAGCACACAAGGCAUGAACCUCGGCCGACAGCGCGGCAUUUUUGAGAAGGGCGCAGGAAGCCAGGUCAUGCACCAGGACAUGUUGUCCGUCUCUGCCGUGUCUCGGAUCGAGGAGAUGGCACGGAAACUUCUCAACGAAGAUGAGGCUAAUGCCAUCUUGAGACAUGUCAGAAGGUACGAGGCAGGGGGACCAGUUGAGGAGUUGGCGCAGUCUGUUUUAGACACCCUGGACCCACUGUACACGGAGGGGGGAACAGUGGAGGAGCUGGGACAGCCAGUCCUUGCCAUCCUGGACAAACCAGAGAAGAUCCUGGUUCUCAGGGAGAUCAGGGGGAUCAUCACACCUACCGACCUGGGCAGGUUUGACAGCAUGGUCUCACAGAGAGAGUUUGAAGCCUUGGAAGAACUCAGCACACGGCCAUAUGAUACAGAACCUUCCAAACCACCCGGUGUCCUGUCCAGUGUAUCUGCACAUUUCCAGAAGUUACAGCGGGCCCACAUCGGCUUCACUCCCCCCAGGAAACAACUGCUCCACCCCUCCCCAGACCACCAUGGGAAGUACCACCUGCGCACAGUGGAGGAGUAUGAGAGGGAGAGACUGCGCAAACUGGAACGGGAACAGAGGAAGAAGGAUCGUAAAUCGUCCAAGAAAGGAAAGGCGCCCAUUCCAUCACAUCCGCCUCCCCCACCUCCAGAUGGCGACAAGGUUUCACCAAGCAGACAGAACCCUGUGGACCUGUCCCCGCCCCUGGGGAGCCUGUCCCCACCCCUGGGUGGAGUGUCCUCGCCCAUGCCUGUUAUAGAGGAGGGUAGUGUGACCUCCAGCGUGGCCAGUAACAAGCCUGCUGGAUUCACAGUCACCCGGCUGUCAGACUCCCCCUCCCCGGUCCACCCCCCCUCUGCUGGACCCAAAGACUCCGAUGUCCAGUUCCAGGCACGGGACGUCAAGCCCGUGGACAGCGAACUGUAUCGGCUCGUCUACAUGGGAGCCGGAAACACAGGGCGCGGCAGCAUCGAGAUCGUUCCCGACGAAUCCCCAGAUACCUCAGCCAAUUGGAACCCAGUCGUAGCCAUACCAGCCAACCAGAGGGUCAAGACGGCAGCUGUCAAUCAAUCACCAACAGCCAUUGGGAAUCCCCCAAGGAGUACACCGUCUCCUACACAAGAAGCAGGCGGGUCAGACACGACGGAGGGCGCAAUGCCAAUCUAUGCAACAGUCAACAAACCCAAGUCUACAGUACAGAUCAACGGGCCAACAAACAAACCUGAAGAGAACGGUGUUGAGGAGCCUGUCGACAGCAAGGGGGCUUCCACUGGUGAGAACAGCCAGCCUGGGGUGACAGUGACAAUAUCUCCCCUCAGAGUCUCCCCACCCAUGGGCAAUGGGAAGGUGUCUCCAUCUGUCGUCAGGAAAGGGAUCUUUUUCUGGGAAAAGACGGACAGGAAAACAGACAGCUCCAAGACUAAGAAGGAGACCCUGAAGGCGCUGAACUGGGAUGAGGAGUCGAUCCGGGCCAGCACACCCAACCACGACCUGGAAGAGCAGGAGGACGACAGUUUGCACCUGGAGAAUGGGGACACCUCGACCAAUCAGGAGGAGCCACACAACACUUUUACACCAAUCAGAACAGACAACAUGGACAUUCCCCCUCCUCCAUCCUUCCAUGCCCCAAUACCCCCUGCUCCACUUCACCCUCCUGGACCACCCCCAGACAGCCACCCCCCUGAUCCCCCAUCCCUGAAUCCCCUCCGUGACCCCCCUUCCUUUUCCCUGCCCCCUCCCCCUGUACAGUCCCCAGGUGAUGAGUAUGAGGAGAUAGAGUUCCCUCCCCCUCCCCCACAGGAAGCAGCUCCCGAGGCCCCAGCUGCUGAGGAGGAGAGAACAAUAGAGCUGAUCAAGACAAGGACAUCACUAGGUAUCAGCAUCUCAGGUGGGCGGGACUCCAGAUCGCAGCCUCAGGUGAAGAUCGAGAGAGUGUUCCCCGCAGGAGCGGCACCUGGGAUGGAGAUCUUGUCUGUGGAUGGCGAGGCGCUGCAGUCCGUGACACACGCCCAGGCCGUAGACGCCAUCCGGAGAGCGUACGCUACCAAAUCCCGCACCAGAAUGGUCCUCGUGGUACGGGAUACGUGA